AUGCUUGCCAUGCCUGGCAGGAGUCGCCCUCGUCAUGGUAAGUUCACAGCCGCCUUGCUCGGAGCAUCCAUCUGUCUCAAUGCAAUCCUUGCAUUGUACUGCAUUAACUUGCGCUUCAUGGAGCCCCUAGCGUACGAUCGCGGACAAGAGCUUGCUAUGUUACAAAGGAAAGACCAGCAGCUGCUGGCCCAGCGAGCGGCGCUAGAGAAGACAACCAAGAGCCUGAUAGAACAGAAGAAUCAGCUGCUGCAACACUACAAGGAGACCGAGCACGUGGGCAAGAAACUACAAGCGUACAAGGAUAAACUGAAGAAAGACGCGGAGGAAGUGAAGAACGCCGAGGAGGCGGCAGAGAUUUUGAUGCAGCGACUGGCAAAGGCGCAGGGUGACACAGUUGCAGCGCAGUCAAAGCUGAAGGCGGAGAAGCAGAAGCUUGAGUCGGCAAAGAAGGAGCUGGGGAAGGUGGAGGAGCAGGAGAAGCAGCUCAAGCGAUCGCAGAAGACGGACAGGCUUGUGCGAGCUCUUGAGUCAGACGGCAACAACCUGAGCUCCGAGGAGAGAGCUGAGCUUUGUCAUGAUUGUACAUGUGUAAGAUAUUGCUAA